UUUUGAAACGUUUGAUCACCGCAAAUCGUUUGCCGAAGUGCCCAAGUGUUGCCAACAAAGUUAAGCACAACUCGCCCGUCAAAAGUUGUCAGUGUAUUUUUUCGUAAUUUAAUUACACGUUCGUAAAGCAGCACAGCAGUUUCGUAAACAAAAUAUAUAAAAUGGCUUUCAGGGUUAUUUUCGUUAUUGCCGCAUUGGUUGCCUGCGCGCAUGCCAGACCCGGCGGCCCAGCGGCCUAUUCCAUCUCCGCGCCCAGCGUGGACCACGCUUCCGUGGGCAGCUCACAAGAGCACACCGUCAAGGGUCACUAUGGACAAUCCUCGCAGUCAGAGUACUCCAGCGCCGUACAAACUGCGCAUUCGCAAUCGCACGUGCAACGCUCGAGCAUUAGCAAUGACGCCGGUCUUGCGCCACAUGGUGGUCAUGUCAUCGCUGCCGCUGCGCCCAUCGCUCAUGCUUAUGCCGCGCCGACCGCCUACGCCGCGCAUGCGUACACUGCCCCGGCAGCCACCAUUAGUCAUGGUUACGCGGCACCCGCACUGGCUCUGGCGCAUUCUGCACCUGCUCUCGCGCAUGGCAUCACCUACGCUGCGCCGGCUGCGAGCUAUCACGCUCCUGCUUACAGCUAUCCAGCACCGGCUUAUAGCUAUCAAUCCCCAGCUAUACAGUAUGCCACUGCACCCGCCGCAUAUGGACAUUACGCCGCUGCCACUGCACCCGCCGCCUAUGGACAUUACGCCGCCGCUCCUGCCGCACUCUCGCAUAGUUAUGUCGCUGCCGCACCCGCUGCUACUUUGAAAUACGCUUCGGCAUCUGCUUAUGUAGCACCUGCACUCCUUGGACACGCUAGCUUAGCUCAUGGUUUACCACUCGCUGCACCAGCCUUGGCACCACUCGCUGUUAAGACACUCGCCGCACCCGCUUUAGUGCAUACCGCCGUCGCUGGACAUGGCGUGCAUUACGGUUACUAAGCAGAAACACAGUUAAGCAAACGGAGCGUAGGAGUGAGUGAGAGAGCAGCAGUAAUGGGUGGAGACGGAAGCGCUGAAAACGAAGCGACAGUACGCCAACGUCGUGACACUAAAUAACAAAAACAAAAAUAAAAAAAUUAACAUAAAAAUAAAAAAUUUAAAAAUAAAAUUAAAGUCAAGCAGUAAAUAAGAAAAGAAGAAAAUAAAAUAUUACACAAUUAUGUAGGAGAACAGCAGGAAAUUACAACAAGCACACAAACACAAUAAAGCAAAUUCAUCUGCAUGCAUGUACAACAACGACACCGACAACAACAACAACAGCAGCAAACACCACAACAAUGAAUAACAACUAAGACAACACAAACACCAAUAAAACACGCAUGAAUGGCAAACACGAAAAAACAAACAAAAGCGGCAAAAAAAGCGAGCAAAAGCAAGCAGCAAAAUGGCACUAGAAGCGGAAGCGUUGGUAAAAACAAGCGGGGGCUGAGGUGUAAAAAAUAGACACGAAAAAGCGCAUGCAUAAUUUGUAAAUAACUUUCGUUAUAUAUUUUGCGUGUAAAAAUGUGGCAAUAACAACAAUAAACUAUGUUGCAACAAUAACAUAAAGCAGCAACAAACAACAACAUACACCUACAAUACAACCGCAAGCAGUGGACGCGGAUGUGGUUGUCAAUAUAGGCGCUGCACAACAGUGUAAGCCACAACGCCUAAAAGUAUGCAACACAAUUUACCACGCGAGCGGAAAAUUACAAAAGCCGACCGCAUAACAACAUUGCACACAAAUAAAUGCAUGUAUGUGCGUGAACUGUGUUCACUAGUUGUCGCACACCGCUGCCUCUGCCUGCUUUGCCGAUUUUGACUAUUCGAUUGCCUUCCGCCGUAAUUUGCAUUUAAUUCGUGUGCUCGUUUUUGGCACGAAAUUCCUUGCAACAAUGUAGUUUUGUGCAACAACGCCUCAAUAUUUGCCAAUACACUCGUAUAUAUAAUAAAUAUCAAUAUUCGUAUGUGUGUUGGUGUGUGUGUCUUGCGCCAAAGCCUCCGAACAUCACGCCAAUUCAUUCAUUGUUAUUCUCUCCAUUUAUGUUUUACUCUAUUUGUAUAAGUUGUUUUUAUCGCGGUUAAAUUUUACUUUUUCAUUUGAUGUUUUAUGUUUGUCAAAUAAUAAUACAUAAAUACAUAAUUCACUUUAUCUACACAAUGCGCAUUUCACCUUUGUUUGCGAU